GGAUGGGAGGAGCGCGUGGAGCGUGCCGGGAGCAUGCGCGGGGUCGUACACGGCGGCCGCGCGCACGCUGGGGGCGUGGCUGCGCGAUGUAAUCGGUCUCUGGACGCUGCGCGGCGCUCCUCGGAGCAGGCGUUCCCGACUCCGGCAAGAGGGUGGCGCCUGGACUCUCGCCCUCAGAGGGAGGCCCGUCCCACGGUCUCUGGCUACGGAUCCCAGGACCCUCUUCGCGGGCGAUUCGCGUAGCCUCAGAUUGCCUCGGAUGAUGGCCUGCGACUGAUAGUCUCUCAGCUCUUCUCAGCUCUCCUGAGGCUGCAGCUGUCAGCUCCCUGAUCCUCAGCACUUGCCUGGACCAGUGCGGGUCUGCCACGCCCUGUUCAGCCAUCCCUGUCCUGUUGUGUCGUGCAAGCCACGUCUGUCCACACCCCCACCACCCACCAGUGCUGGCUCUCCUCUCUUCUCCCCUCUGCUCCCAGCAUGCCUCGUGGCCGGUGCCGUCAGCAGGGCCCUCGCAUUCCCAUCUGGGCAGCCACCAAUUAUGCCAACGCACAUCCAUGGCAGCAGAUGGACCAGGCGUCUCCUGGGGUGGCAUACACCCCCCUUGUGGAUCCCUGGAUUGAGCGGCCCUGCUGUGGGGACACCGUGUGUGUGCGAACGACCAUGGAGCAGAAGAGCACACCUAGUGGCACUUGUGGCGGUAAACCUGCAGAAAGGGGUCCCCUAGCUGGGCACAUGCCCAGCUCCCGACCCCACAGGGUGGACUUCUGCUGGGUGCCAGGCUCAGACCCAGGCACCUUUGAUGGCUCCCCGUGGCUACUGGACCGCUUCUUGGCCCAGCUGGGCGAUUACAUGUCCUUCCACUUUGAGCACUAUCAGGACAACAUCAGCCGUGUCUGUGAGAUCCUCAGGCGCCUAACAGGCCGAGCCCAGGCCUGGGCAGCCCCCUACCUUGAUGGGGACCUGCCCCUGCCUGACGAUUACGAGCUCUUCUGCCAGGAUCUCAAGGAAGUUGUUCAAGACCCGAACAGUUUUGCUGAGUACCAUGCCGUGGUUACCUGUCCCCUGCCCCUGGCCUCCAGCCAGCUGCCAGUGGCCCCUCAGCUGCCUGUGGUGAGGCAAUACUUAGCUAGGUUCUUAGAGGGCCUGGCACUCAACAUGGGUACUGCCCCCAGGUCUUUACCAGCCGCCAUGGCCACCCCUGCUGCGUCUGGGUCCAACUCUGUAUCCAGAAGUGCUCUGCUCGAGCAGCAGCUGACCAAGGAGAGCACCCCUGGGCCCAAGGAGCCCCCAGUCCUGCCCAGUUCUGCAUGUAGCUCCAAGCCUGGUCCUGUGGAACCAGCCUCUUCCCAGCCAGAGGAGGCAGCCCCCACACCUGUCCCUAGACUGUCGGAGUCAGCUAAUCCUCCUGCCCAGAGACCAGACCCAGCUCAUCCAGGAGGUCCAAAACCCCAGAAAACAGAGGAGGAGGUUUUGGAGAAAGAGGGAGACCAGGAGGUAUCCUUAGGUACCCCACAGGAGGUGGUGGAGGCCCCGGAGACCCCAGGAGAGCCACCACUUUCUCCUGGGUUCUGAACACAGCCCAGGUGGGAACAAUGCUGCCCCUCAUGAUGAAGUGGCCUGUGUGGCUUGAGCGCCCCAUAAUCCCCAGUCAGAGCAGAGUGGUGUCCCCAGAUGACUUCAGACCCCAUAGCUGGGCAAGAUGCGCUUGUUUUGGACUCUGCGCUGAGCAGAACCAGCUCCCCCAACUCCAGCAGAGCUUGACCUCCGCCCUGUGCCCUUUCCCUGCUGCUGGCUCUCUGCUGCAUCCCUGCCCGUCUUCUGGGAGUGCCGUCUCACCCAGGCCUGCUCCCACGAGGGGGUCGUUUUGUAGAUCAACUCUCAGCAGAUACUUGCAUCAUCUUUGUCACCUCCACCCCCAUAAAAUACCCCCCUUGGUGUCUUCCACACUGGCUGGGACUGAACUGGGUCUGCCACGUCUGCCCGGUUGGGACCUCGUUCCUGUAUGGGGUUUCUGUGUCUGUCCCCCUAGCCCCACCCUCUCUGCUCCCUGUGACUUCUGUCCCAGCUGGGAUGUGAGGAAGGCUGCCUGGAGGAAGUGGCCACUUUGAUUCUGGGGGAUGAGUGGGAUAGCAUCUUGGCAAAGAAUGAUGUUUCCUGUGGGUUUACCAGCAGUUCUGGGCAGCUGGGAGGUUUGGAUGCAGGAAGGUGGGAUGCAAGCCCCUUGCCAGGCUCAGCUGCAGGCAUUCGCCCUUUGUGUGUUAACGCUGUAGCUCUAAUCGUGCCUGGUGUUCUGAAGCUGGCUCCUCUUCCCUGCUGCUGUGCUGCCAUCCCCUGCUCACUCCGCACUCGCAUGCAUUGCGGAUUCAGCACUUAAGCCCUAGUGUGUAAAUGACUUAGAUCUCCCUCCUGGCAGACUGUGACCCUCAGCACAGGGGCUCUGUCUUAGUCAGCUCUGUGGCCUGGUACACAAUUGGUGCUCAUUAAACACGUGUUGGAUUACUGGCUGAGGUGGUGCAGUGGCUGCCUACCAGCAAGUCUUUGUUUCCCAUUCUGUCAGGAGCAGAGGCCUGGCCAUGAGCAUUCCAGGUCAGCAUUGCAGCUGUGGUUUCUGGCAGGGGCUUUGAGGGUCCAAGGGUCUGAUCAAAGAAGCUGGGUGGGGCUGAGUAGGGGGUGGGUGGCUCUGCAGGUGGAGAACUGACUUCCGAGAGCUGUAGGUGAAGUGAGGACCAGGCAGCAGUCCAGAGCUGUGAGGCCCCAGGCCCAGAGGAUUGGAAUGAAGAAAGACCUGUUCCACACAAGGAGGGGUUUUCUAGUGGAAGCUGAGCUUGGAAGCUCCUGGAGCCAAGUUUACCACAGGAUAGGCAGGUACAGCUGCCCAGUGUGUGCAGUGUGUGCCCACUCUGGUGCUUGGACAAGAAGUUCAAGUCCCUUUCAGGUUUACAAUUGUGAAAACAACAAAACAACACCUUCCUGGAAAGUAGGAAGAAAAAGCAGAAAUGUGAAUUGGAAAUACAGCCAACUAUUUUAGGAAAAACUAAUUAGCAAGCAUCUGAUUAAACUUAUUCAGAAACUGGCCGGGAGCAGUGUCUCACACCUGUAAUCCCAGCACUCUGGGAGGCCAAGGUGGGUGGAUCACCUGAGGUCAGGAGUUCAAGACCAGCCUGACCAGCAUGGAGAAACCCGUCUCUACUAAAAAUACAAAAUUAGCCAAGUGUGGUGGUGCAUACCUGUAAUCUCAGCUACUUGGGAGGCUGAGGCAGGAGAAUCACUUGAACCCAGGAGGCAGAGGGUGCGGUGAGCCAAGAUCACGCCAUUGCACUCCGGCCUGGGCAACAAGAGUGAAACUCCAUCUCAAAAAAAAAAAAAAAAAAAACAAACCAAAAACCUUAUUUAGAAAAAUAUAAAUUGUUGAGAUUAUUUUAUGGUAACUAUCACUAAAAAAGGCUCUGGGUUCAGAUGGUUUUAUGUGUGAGUUAUUUCAGGGCACAGAUACCUUGUAGGUAAAACAACUGGAAACCUUGGAAAUAGGUGGGAAGCUAUUUUUAGAAAGCAGGUAUAGCCCUGGUAGCAAAGCAAGUGAGCUGGCAGAAGAAACCCAUGUUCAGUAUUGAUUCUGGUCAGACGUGAGAAGUCCCUGGAUGUCCUGGCCCAGCCCCAUGCUUCUGUGCCAGGUCACACAGCUGCCCUCCGUCCGAUGGCUCAGGCCCCAGCCCCCCUUUUGUGGGUUGGGUCAGACUGCUCCCUGAUGCCUGCCUCCAGUGCACUGUGGCCUGGCUCACCUGUGGGUCUGGCAGUAGAACCCAGAGUUGCUCUCUAGGAUGGACAGCCUAGUCACCCAGCUGACCCUUACCCUGUCCCACAGGCUUCUGGACAGGCCACCUUCCCCAUCUCCCUUUAGUGGACCUGAAGUGGAUACUCCAGCCUGGGAUUGCUGCCUUCGCUUUUGAACCCUGUCCUAUUGGGGCUUUGGGGCUUUUGUGCCCUUGGGACCCAGGCAGCUCCUGGGAGUGUGUGAGUUAUGGUCUGCCGUGUGUCUGAGGGCCAGUCAUGCAGCAUCCACCUAGGCAGGCUUGAGAGUCCAUGGGAGAGUCCAGGUGACCUGGUUUUUAAUUAAAACGGGUCCUGUUUAUUGUGGUUGGGCUCUGCCCAGAAAGGAAGGUAGGGCCUCGAAGUGGUGAUGUCCAGGUUUCCUGCACAGGUAGGGUGGAGGCAACGAUGGACUCUGGCAUGGCCUUCCAGACAGGCAGUGCACACAGCUCCUUUCAGAGUGGCUUUGUUGCCAGCUGCUGCAGCACCUGCUUUCAGACAGACAAUGACCAAGCUGCUUUCCUGCUGGGGGAAGGAGGCAUACCAAGGGCCAGGAGAGGAGGCAUUCUCCCUGGGUUGUUUUUCUCUUCUGGCCCCCACACACUGGCAGACCCGAAGGCGGGGUGCUCAGGAGCUGCAGAGCCUGGCAGGGUUUGCUGGACAUGCUCAGGGACGGGCCAUGGUGCUGGCUCUGCUUUCUAAUCAUGGUGUCAGUCCUUCACUUCCCUUGGAAAUACCCAGAGAUUUUACUUCCUGAAGAUAGGACAUGAUGGGUGCUGUGAGAUGGUAUUUAAAGUACCUGUCUGCAAGGAAAACUUUAAAAUAGGAAGUACUAAGGAUAAGGUCCUAUGGGAUAUUGGAAUAUUUUUUAAAGCCACAAUAGUUAAAGCACUUAGAUGUGGACAGAUGAGCAGAGAAUAGAGGACUUUGAAACAGGGCCAAAUAAAUAUGGAAAUUUAGUACAUGCUAGAGGUGUUUCCAAUUAACGAGGGUAAAAUGGAUUAUUCAGUAAAAGCAGUUGGCCCUCUGGAAAAUAGUAAAGCCGUGUAUGUGCCUCACUCUUUAUACCAGUACAUAUUCCAGAUUAAAGAUUUCAAUGUUAAAAUUAUGAAAGUACUAGAGGAAAAUAUGGGUGAUUUUUUUUUUUUUUGCCUAUGAUUCCAGGAUUUUAAAAGUUUUAGAUGCCCAGAGUUGUGGAGGUAUGGAGAAGUGGACCUUCUCAUACUAUUGGUGGGAAUACACAAUAAUAUAAUUUGACCACAUAACAAUUCUAGGCACAUGCAUGCUGUGACUACUUGCUAGGUGCAUGAAGGCUCUUGCCAGGGGUGGUCAUGGUUCGGUGCCACUACAUGGGGGUUUAGAGCAGGGACUGGAGGUUGGCCUUGCCUCCUCCCCUCCCCGCAUGAGCUGAGGGUCCUUACCUGACCUUUUAGAGCUGUGACCACAGUUUUUCCUCAUGGGGUGGUUAGAAGGGUUGAAUGAGAAUGAUGCCCAUGCAGUGCCUUGGCUGGGGUCUGGGCCAUCUAACACCCACCUCAUGGGUGUCACUGUUUUUUGAACAGCAGAACUGGAAAAGCCCAAAGAUCCAGCAAUAAAGGAGCAAGGCAAAUAAAGCUGUUACCCUGCAGGAUCAGUCAGCAUGAGCCAGAUUGUGCUGCAGUAACAAAGAUCUCCAACAGCGCAGCGGCUACAGUUGGCACUGCUUAUUUCUUGCUUGCACCUGUGGGCCACCGUGGCUGGGGCCUGUCAGACCUGUGCUGACGACAGCCUACCUGGACAUAUUUCUCCAUGCUCACUGAGGCAGGGGAAAGGCCACAGCAGGCCACAAGUAAUGUGUGUCACCCCACUUCCAUUUCCGUGGCCAAAGGAAGCCACAGAGCCACACCUGAGUUCCAUAGGACGGCAGCAGCUGAUCAUCCUGUGGGCUGGGGUGCUCAGUGUGGAGAAGUACGAGCAGCCACCCAGCGUGGGGCUGGUUGGUGCUGCUGAGGAUGGGAGGAUGAGAGGGGCCUGCAUCCAUCCCAGGGCAACAUACCUGUUUGUCUGCUGGGGCUGCCUGACAAAGGACCGCAGGCUAGGGGACUUAAACAACAGACAUUUCCUCAUGAUUCUGGAGCUAGAAGCCUGAGAUCAAGGUGUGGGCAGGGUUGGUUUCUCCUGAGGCCUCGCUCCUUGGCCUGCAGAUAGCCAUCUUCUUGCCGUGUCCCUGUCUGUGUCAGUGUCCUAAUCUCUCAUAAGCUCACUAGUCUAUUGGAUCAGGGCCCACCCUCAUGACCUCAUUUAACCCUGAAUUACCUCUUUAAAGACCCUGUCUUCAAAUGUAAGUACUAGGGGUUAGGACUUGAACAUAAAAAUAUUGAAGGGACAUAGUUCUGCCCACAGCGGUGCCCGCGAUAGGCUUCUCUGGUUUUGUCUUUGCUGUUCCUGGCAGCGCUAUCUUGGGCAGGCUUCCGUGGUCUCCACAUGCCUGUGUGCAGAGUCCCCCAGGCCCUGGGUUCUGGGGCCCAUACUGAGGAGUGGGGAUGGCCAAGCCUUGGAUGUUGAGUAGGCAGUGCCCAGUUGUGCUGUAUGGGAUGCUGUUUCUCACUUAAGAAAUCUUUCCCUACCUGGGGGUACAAAGGCAUUAUCCUGUAUUCCCAGGUUGUAACUUUCUGCCUUUGACAUUCAACCUUGAGUCCACCUGUAAGUGUAACUGUGGCAGAAGGGAGGGGUCUGCUGUCAUCCUUGAUAGCCUGUGAUGAGCAGAGCCCCUCUGCCGACCGCGAUGCACAUGUAAUAUGAGCAAGAAAUAAAUUUUUGAUGUGUGAA